UCUACCUCGCAUGAAUCGAAAAAAAACUCUCCAGAAAAGAAGGGGUAAAAGAGCAAUCAAAUGGAAAAAUAGAGACUUCACACGCCAAAACAGCUUCCAUACUAGUAUCUCACCGCCGGCAAUGGAGCUUCGCCGGAAAAUGAAAAUUCCGGCAUCUGAAAGUUUCGUGUCCUUUUCUUGUAAAUACAAUGCUCCUGCUUCCUUUCAUCACCGUCACGUUUUUCACGAAAAACCAUAACCGAUAGCUAAGAAUAUCAGGGUUUUUUUUUUUUUUUUUAAUUUUUGGUGGAGACAGAAAGAGCGAAUUUUGUCUUUGUAGCUUCUCUCAGAGUGAAAUUUUGUUCUGAUCUUUUUGGUGUUUGUGGGGAAAUGUUGGUGGCUGGAUGAUGUGAGGAUGAACUAAUGUGUGGGAGAAUUUGAUAUUCUAAUUUUGGGUGACGUUUUCUGUUUACUGGAGUUGAAAGUUUUGGAAGUAUAGUUUGUAAUUUUUUCGAGUGUAGUGGUUUUCUAAGAGCUCCGUGAAUUUAAUUCAGCUGGCUGAAGAAGAGAGAGUGUAAUUAGGUCUUCCACAAGAGUUGUUCUGUAAAAAAAUGCCUUUCCCGAUGAGAAUUCAGCCGAUCGAUUCGAUCCGAAGCGACGUUGUCAAGCCGCCCGUGAAAUCUCGGCUGAAACGGCUUUUUGACCGUCCGUUCAACGGUGUUCUAAAAAUUUCAUCGGCUGAAAAGCCGGUCGGCGGAGGAGAAAAGGAUGGUGUUGCCACGGCGACGGUGGCUGAGUUUGAGCCGAGCUCGGUUUGUUUAGAUAAAAUGGUUCAGAAUUUUAUUGAAGACAACAAUGAGAAACAGUCCACCACCGCCGCGGCGAAGUGCGGUCGGAACCGAUGCAAUUGCUUUAACGGGAACAGCAACGACAGCUCCGACGACGAGCUCGAUUUCUUCUCGGACUCAGUAUCGGCUAAUUCUUCUUUUAGUGACCCCUCCGAUACUCUCAAGAGUUUGAUACCGUGCGCGAGUGUGGCGGAGAGAAAUCUAUUAGCAGACACUUCGAAAAUCGUCGAAAAGAACAACAAAACUUGCAAAGGAAAAGACGAUUUGAGGAAAAUCGUCACCGAUGGUCUGAUAGCUCUUGGUUAUAACGCCUCUCUUUGUAAAUCCAAAUGGGAAAAGUCUUCCUCCAUUCCAGCUGGUGAGUACGAAUACAUUGAUGUGAUCGUAGAAGGCGAAAGGGUUUUAAUCGACGUGGAUUUCCGAUCGGAGUUCGAAAUCGCCCGAUCCACGAGCAGCUACAAGGCGAUUCUGCAGUCUUUGCCAUAUAUUUUCGUCGGAAAAUCUGAUCGGCUUCUUCAGAUCGUUUCCAUUGCGUCGGAGGCCGCUCGGCAGAGCCUCAAAAAGAAAGGCAUGCACAUCGCGCCUUGGCGUAAAUCUGAAUACAUGAAAUCCAAAUGGCUCAGCCCCCACACCCGCAUCACACAGCUGAAACCAACAAACCCAGCCCAUGAAGACGCCGUUGUGGAGACCACGGAACCCAAGCCCGAACCCGAACCCGAACCCGAGAAUCAAGUCUUGGAGUGUGAAGUUGGAGAAUUAGAUUUGAUUUUCGGUGAGAAGACGAACUCUGAGGAACCCAAAUCUCCGGCGAAGGAGGAGGUCCCUCCGUCGAUGACAUGGCAGCUGCCGGCGGUGAGGCCGAAGAGUCUGGAAAGGGGAAAUAAAGUGGUGGUCACCGGAUUAGCUUCUCUCCUCAAAGAAAAACUCUGAGAAAAGAAAAAAGAAAUUUUUGUUUUCUUUUUUCUUUUUCUAUUUUUUUUUCCAGAAGUUUCUAACUUCUUUUUCUAAAACAAUUUCACUUAAUUACAUAAUGCAAUAUAUAGAUCUCCGUAUACAUCUAAGUCGGAGUUGAAAUAGAGAAAUGAUUUGAUGGGAGGGAUUUUGGUUUUCUUUCUCUUUUCUUUUUUCCUUUAUACCCCUUCUUUUUUAUGCAGAAGGGUCAUGUAAAAAGCCCCAAAAAAGAAAAGGUCUCUGGACCCUCAUUUUGUAAUAAUAAAAUAAAUUAAAUAUUUUGCCAA